AGUGUACAAAUGAAUUCAAUAAAACAUUCUACGGAAAUUCCAUCGACCAGUACCCAAUCACUAGUAUUCGAAUUCACGAAUUUGGACGAUUUGUACGGAUUUUUGAAUAUUCUCCAGUGUCGUGAAGAAUAUUCGUUUGCUCAAAUACGUGCCUUCUAUAAUAUUCCCGUCGAUAAGAAACUUCUUGUCAACAUCCAAGUGAAAAAUCCGGCACAAAAUCUCGAUUAUGCUUGGGAAAGACGUUUGAAACACCAUUUCCGAUACAUGCUUGAUCUCGAAAAGCUCAUGUGGAACUUGUCUACUCUAGGUGGCGCUUAUUCAGCUAUGGGAGAUUUCGAUGCAAAUUAUGCGAAAGUCGCUGCAAAAAUUACUGCUCAUCAAAUCAACUUAGCGAAAAAAUAUGGAGAUCCAGUUAUUCUUGCACGAUGCUACCUGUAUACCGCCCUCGCAGAAGCACAACUCGGAAAUCUCUCGCAUGCUGUUAAUAUUGUUAGAGCAAUUUAUCACUGGGCCAAACAGAAUCCGAACACGGAUAUUGUACAAAGAUGCUGCGAAGGAGUCUAUCAGAAGCUUCGAGCUAUUCAUAUUUUCGGAAAAGCUAGUUCGAACAAGUGAUUAAAUAAAAUGUUCUCAUUUACAAGUAAUGAAUCUUUAUUAUUUGAC